AUGGCAACGAGCGCUGUCCGUGCAGCGAGUAGCAGCAGAACGUUAAAGCAACUGCUCUCCGAGCUGAAAGCGAUCCGUUCCAGUGAAGGUGCCUGCGCGUACUCGCUGGCCAGCAAGUACAUUACGGAACAGUAUCGGCGGUUUGAGACCACCGAACAGCAGCACUGCAGAGCGAAGGAGGAACUGCAGUUCACCGCGCAAACAUACCGCUGUUACCUGGAAAGCUUGCGCAAGCUGAAGGAGUUGAACGAAAGCUACCGUGGUAAGGGUGAACGGAGCAUCCGCGAGACGGCUGACAUGGUUGGCUUUAAGUUGCCGCACGAUCCGAAGUAG